CAUGCCUCUUGCUCCGCAUCCUCGGCAUCUUUUGAUCUUGGUUGAUUUUUCCUACGGAAUCCAGCCUUCGCCAUUCUCAAUCAUGUGUCAGCGUUGAACCAUAAUCUCGCCUCCCGAUCAUUCUUCCGAAAUUCAACAACGAGCCUCAGCUUCUCUGUCCUCGCGCAGUGUGUUGCGAGAGACGCUCCCGUUGCCUGCCAUCCCCGUACGCCCGUGUAUCGUGCGGUGCGACUUUCGCCUCAAUCGCCAGUCCCAGCUCAAGAUAAUGUCAGGAUAACAUGACGACACCCUCUCCGCCCAAACCUUGGGAACGCGCUGUUGCAUCAGCUGCCGCUGGGACAACAACACCGAUUGCUUCGGCCGCCAUGACCACGCCCUCCUCACUACCUGCUGCCGAUGCUUCUUCUGGCACUCCAGCUCUUCCCGAUCGGCCUUCCACCCUCAACAAUGUAGUCAACCAGACUGCAUCUAAUUACGCGAACCAGAAUCGUUUCGGCACCGGUAUGGGUGCAAGUCCAUAUUCUUCACCUUACUCAUCGUACUCGUCGUACUCAUCGCCAUAUAACCGCUUUGGUGGUGGAGGCAUGUAUGGCGGGGGAAUGUACGGUGGCGGCUAUGGCGGUUACGGAGGCGGCAUGUACGGCGGUAGCAUGUAUGGAGGAGGUUAUGGAAACUACCCCGGCAUGCCCGGCGACCCGAACAACCAAAGUUUGACCCAAACAUGGAAUCAAAGUACAGCAGCAACGUUUCAGAUAAUGGAGAGCAUCGUGGGCGCGUUUGGUGGAUUCGCACAGAUGCUCGAGAGUGCGUACAUGACGACGCACUCCUCAUUUUUCGCCAUGGUAUCGAUGGCCGAACAACUAGGCAACCUCCGCCAAACACUCGGGUCGGUCCUGGGAAUAUUCACGUUACUACGGUGGAUGCGCACACUCAUCGCCAAAAUCACUGGCCGACCACCUCCAGCUGACGCUACGGCUCUUACUCCUGCCAAUUUCUCAUCAUUCCUCUCGGGCGGACACGCCCCAGCUACACUGCCCGAUGGCAGUCCCGCCCCUCCUCGACCAUCCAAAAAACCGUUCAUCAUGUUCGCCAUCGCCGUCUUUGGCUUGCCCUACUUGAUGGGCAAACUCAUCCGCGCCAUGGCCCGCUCUCAGGAAGAAGAGCAAAAGCGACAACAGGAACAAAUGUCGCUGACAUACACCAACCCUAACGGCGAACAGGUCCCCAUCGACCCACGAAAGCUUGAUUUCUGCCGUGUUCUCUAUGACUACACUCCUGCACCCAACUCGGGCGGCAUGGACCUCGAAGUGAAGAAGGGCGACCUGGUCGCUGUUUUAUCCAAGACGGAUCCCAUGGGCAACGCCUCGGAAUGGUGGCGUUGUCGAGCACGCGACGGCAAGAUGGGCUACCUACCUAGCCCCUAUCUCGAGCCGAUUCAGAGACCUGCGCAACGACCGGCACAGGGGCAAAUCACCGAUGGGCCGGCAGCUUCUGCGCCAGGGAGUAGGACCGCAACGAUGAAAGGAAGCGCACCCCUCGCGGCCACCAAAUUGCUCGAGCAAGGCGACCGGGCGAAGAGCCUCAGUUCAAUAUAUUCGCCCACUGGCGGGAUCGGCAAUGCGCAAUCACCCGUCCCCGUGGCACUCGGUGCCAAGGGACCGGAGAUGAAGAGCAAGCCAGGCGACAUUUCUCCCGAGAGUUUCCAGAAGAGUGCUUUUUAUUCGUGAACGGCGAAGCCAGCUUAUAUUUUUUUUGUUUCGUUUUCUUGGUCUAUGAGAUGAGAGGAAAAGACAGAAAACCAAAUCUACUUAUUUGUACUACCUUUGGAACGAUCUAGUCAGCUUGUUGACCGGUUUCAUGGCCAUGUUGAAUAAAUAUGUAAGCGUGACAUAAAAUUGGGGAUAUAGGAUGAAUGGAGCACGAGUAUAUGAUAUGUACCUACGUACUCUUUACUGCAUGGUCUCGUUUAGCUACCCAUUGGAAUUCAGUCGUCAAGGCCGCUUUUUGUCAGUCUUCAAGUUUGACCUCUUUUUUUAAUGUUCAAACAGGCUCGGAGUUUUGAUCACGUCUAUUCACAUUCCCAUUCUCGCAAUAAAUGGUUGUCAGGAAUUCCUU